AUGAAAAAAAUAUGGAGAAUUAACAUAGUGUGUUUGAUAUUAGUAGCCUUUUUGCAAUUUGUGAGAAAUGAUAAUCAGGCUGGCUAUAAAGACCCAUACAGAGGUACGUUGGGAGUAGAGGAUCUUAAUAAUAUGGAUAGGAAACGUUCAAAGAGUGAUUUCUAUGUAUUUUCUGACAACAUGUUACAGCUUUCUGCACAAUUUCCAGUUAUUUCUUUAUUUGAGUCGCUUUCACUUGUUUGGUUGUCAAUCUAUGAUAGGAUUCAAAUACGGCAUAAAAAUGAGGGUGCACUGAUUAUAUUGUUUCUCUUAAGUCCCAUAUAUAGAGUGAUAAACGAUGAAAACUUUGAUGGUGAUGAACUAUUUAAUGAAAUGGAGCAAUUCGACGAUCAUUUAUCUCAGGUUAUUUAUUGUUUAAUCCAAACAAAUCCUGGAAUUAACUGCGAAUUGGCAAUUGAAGAUUUUGUCACAUUUCUAAACGAUCAAGUACUCUAUGAGAUUCAAAAACAUAAAAACUCUGAUUAUGACAUUAAUAUGACUACCAGAGUUGGCCAUAUUACGGAUAUUUUGAGUACUAUCAAGAACAAACAGCUUUAUAAUAUAGAUAAACAGAGUAAAUUAAAAAUGUACAACACAUUAAAUCCAGAGGCAUUCUUAUUCCAUAUAUUUAAUAUUAAUAACUUAUUUGAAUAUUAUAUGGAAUUCAAUUCUGGAAUUUCUUAUAUGGGUAUUUUGGGCCCAUUGAGAACUUUUCUUGAUUUAAUGAAUAAGAAUUGGGGAAUUAAAGAAAACGAAGAUGCUAAUCAAUGGUUUAGAAACAAAACAUCUCCCCUGAAAGGUAUUUGUGAUGAUAUUAUUGUUGGGGUUGAGAAAAUUAGGGAAGAGAUUGAGCAUUAUUUUGAGUCAAAAAAUUAUGAGAAGCUCAUUAUAUUAACAGAAACAAAACUUUAUACUGAUUCUCUAAACCAAUUCUGUAUGGACUAUAAUGAGUUUUUAAAUUUGUCAGAUGAAGAUGCUAGUAAGAUUGUGGAAAUCCCUGAGAAUUUAAAAGCAGUCAACUCAAUCUUUGUAAAUAGAAAGAAUAUUAUACUUGGUAUGAAAACUUCCAAACUAUAUGAAUAUUCCCGUAAAGCUGCUGAUACUAAUUCUCAACUUUGCACAGUGAAUAGUGACAAGAAGGUGCUUUCUAGUGAAGGACUAUCUGAAUAUGAGGUGGACCAAGAAAUAUCAACCACACUUUUAGAUUUAAUUGGUAAAUUCUUUUUAAACAAUAAACUAGAUACAAAGCUUAAUGCUCAAUUUCUUAAUACAUGCCCAACAACAAAGAAUUUAAUAUUUAAUAAUAAGUUAGCAAGCAAUGAAAAAAACUUUGGUCUUAUUGGGAAUCAAAUUAAGGACCUUAGUUCAAUUUUAAGUGUUAAGAGGACUAGUUUAGCUUCAAAGAUGUGUUCAAAGCUCAGUUCACUACUAGAUGAUGCAAAUUACACCAAUAAAAGGUUUAUAACGAUCCACAGAUUAUUAAUUCCACUUGUAGUUAACUCUUCCCUUGCAAGCAUUCUCCCUGGUAACAGUGAACUAUAUAAAAACAGUGGAAUGACAGGAAACAAGAUAAAUGCAGAACAAUUAUUUGUAGAUACAGACAGAUCAUGCCUAAUUAACCAUUUUGAUACCAUAAACUAUUACAUUAGAGAAACUACCAAUAUAUGUGAUAAGAUCAAAGAUUAUUCAACAAUAUUUGGAUCAGCAUUUAAUAAGAUUGCAAACCAAAAGGCAAUAACUCAAAUGAAUCAAAGCUUACAAAAAGUAUCUCAAUCUCAGCUAUUACAUGAAUUUAGAGAACUUGGAAGAGAUUUGAAAGGUAGUAAAUAUGGCCAUUUUGUAUCAGAAGUGGGUAAUAAUUGUUUCUCUUCUUUGAGACACUGGUAUCACUUUAGUAAAAAGAGAAGAAAGCUUAAAGGAGCAAGAAGAUUAUUAAGGAAGGCAUUUUAUUCAUACACAUCAACAUUAGAUAAUGUUAAUGUAGAGCUCAGACCAGAAUUAAGAAAUAUUCAAACAGCAGCAGCAAAAUUAGAAAUAAAUGAAUUGAAAAUCUUAACAAAUGGAGAUUUUGUUUUCCUAAAUUCGAAGGCAAUUAGUAGUUAUAUGAAGAAAAGGUACACAAAACAUACAGCCAAGAUAAUGAAUGAGCACUAUAAGGCCCCAGCUCAGAUGUUGAAGGAGGACUUUCCAAUAACAAUAGAGAACUUGAAAGAGCUCAAUUCUUUAAUCAAGGCAGAUUUGGAAAAACAUAAAAACGAAUUAGAGAGUGAAGCAUCAAUGUUAAAGGAAACAAAUGAAAGAAUUGACAAAAUGAAUGAAAGUAAAUUAGAUAAAAAAGAUACGCUUCCAUUCUUUAAGUCAGGAAAAACGAACUUUGUAUUGAUAGGACGUGACUUCUCAAGUUUUGCGUUAUGUCAAUGUAAGAUUCGAGGGUCGAGACAAUUUGAGAUGCUCAAGUUGUUUUCUGACUUAAUAUUUCAAAUUCAGCAUGUAGAUGUCAGAAUUACUGGAUAUGAGAUGUUAUCACAUUCCCUAAAGAAGGCAAUUAGACAAAUGUUAAUAAUUAUUUCACUAAAUGAAUUUGCUAUCAAUUUGCUUCCAAAGGUAAGAAAAGGAGGGUAUCAAAGAUUCUAUAGGAUGAAGCAUACAACACAUAAAGCUCUGAGAAAAAGAAUCAAGAAAUAUCUCUUGGAUAUAAAGCAAGAUACUUAUAAGCUAUCAGUAGUACUAAAUACAUUACACAAUUUGUUAUUAACAGCUUUUAAUCACUUUAGAUAUGACCCAGAGCUUGAUGUCCUUAGAAAAUCAUUUUCUGGAAUAGACACAGAGAAGUCUGAUUGGGGAACAUACUCUCACAAUAACUCUUUGCUUAGAGCAAGUGAGGCAGUAAGGAGAAGAACGAUAGAGAAGUUAGUGGGGAAUUUUUACUUUGGUAGAAUAAGGAGAAAUUUUAGUUCUCUCAAGGAAACAAUUUUGCAAAUGAUGAAUCCUCAACAGAUUUUGAGUCUAUCACAAAUAUUCAAAACUGAUUUGGGAGUCAAGGAUAUAGAUGGAAUCGCAGCCAAAUUACAUCAUUAUUUGAAGAGUAUUUAUCCUUCUCAAAAUUGUAUUGGUGUAGACCAUGGCCAAAAAUUAGAAUCAUUCUUUGCCUUGUGUUAA